GAUGUGGUGUUGGGUGGCUCCAAGAAAUUUGAAUGUAGAGUUCUUGGAUAUCCUCGUCCAGAAAUAAGAUGGUAUAAAGAUGGAAUCGAGAUCACUCACGUCAAACGAUACAAUUUUAGCUUUACUAAAGAUGGUGUCAUCUCCAUGGUGAUGGAAGAUAUUUCCCAUAAAGAUCAAGGGAUGUAUCGAUGCAGGGCAGAUAACUCUGAAGGAACAGCUUCCACUUCUGCUUAUCUUUUUGUC